AUGGAUCUCACCAAAGCUUUUGACACUGACAGUCGCGAAGGUCUGUGGCGCAUCAUGUCGAAGUUUGGAUGCCCUGACAGAUUCAUUCUAAUGGUAAGUCAGUUCCACAACAGCAUGAUGGCUUGUGUUUUGGAAGACGGAGAAGCUUCUGAGGCCUUUCCCGUUACAAAUGGCAUCAAGCAAGGUUGCGUGUUGGCACCUCCCCUGUUCAGCAUAAAGGUAAAGGAGACUGUGCUACGAGACCUCCUUUUUGCUGAUGACUGUGCCCUGAAUGCUGUAUCAGAGCAGGAAAUGCAAGCCAGUGUGGACAAAUUCGCAGCAGCAUGCGACAACUUCGGCGUCCUCAUCAACACCAAAGUGAUGCAUCAGCCAGCUCCGAAAGCCCAACACCAAGAGCCCACCAUCACAGUGAAGGGACAAAAGCUGCAAGCAGUGGACUAA